AUGGAAUCUACAUUAAGCCCAGGAGUUGGCUAUGGAUUGAUUAUUGGUGGAAGUGCUUUUUUUGCAAUUGGUAUGAAUUUAAUAACAUACUUGAUAAACAGAGCAGGAAAUCACAAUUCAAAUAAUAUCGAAGAAUUUGUUUCAGGGAGUAGAUCAAUAGGUUUUGCUUUACUAUUGUCAACAAUAGUAUCGAAUUGGACAUGGUCGAUUACUUUAGUGGUUCGUACCGUUUUUUACUCGUGAAUUGUACUUGUUGGUUGAUAAGCACAAUUCGUUUUGAAUGGAUUUUGACUAACAUAUACUAGGUAAGUGCAAUUAAAAGCUUUAGCAUGGGUGUCAGUGGGUCAUAUUGGUAUGGAAUUGGGGGCUUAUGCCAAGUAGCUGUAUUUGCUGUUAUAUCAAGUAAGAUUAAAUCAAAUGCUAAUUUAGUUACUACAUUUCCAGAAAUGGGAUAUCUACGUUUCGGUUAUGCAGGACACCUCGCAUUUUUAUUUUGUGGCCUCACGUGCAAUGUUAUUGUAUCUUCUUCAAUUCUUCUAUCUGGUUCAGCUGUUUUUCAAGGUAUAACUUCGAUUAGUCAAUAUGCUUUUCUAUGGUUGAUACCUUUUGGUUGUGCAAUUUAUGUUUCUGUUGGUGGACUAAGGGCAACUUUUAUUUCGGAUGCUAGUCAUACGUCAAUCAUUUUAAUUUUCAUUUUGGUAUUCAUGUUUGAAGUUUAUGCUCGUAAUGAUAAAAUAGGUUCUGCAAAGAAAAUGUGGGAGUUAUUGCAGCAAGCAGCGCCAAUUGAAGGAAACUAUCAUGGUUCUCCUUUGACAUUCAGAUCUGAACAAGGAGGUAUAUUUUCUAUUAUUAGUAUCAUAACAGGUUUUGGUUUGGUUGUAAAUGAUCAAGCUUAUUUUUCAAGAGCAGUUGCUGCAGACCCAAGAAUAACAAGUAGAGCAUAUUUUUUUGCUGCUUUAUGUUGGUUUGUAAUUCCACUUUCUAUGGGAUUAUCAUUAGGACUUGCUGCAAAAGCAUUAUCAUCCAAUCCAGACUUUCCAACAUUCAACGAUAUUGAAAUAGGUGAAGGAUUACCAACAGUUGCAGCUGCUAUUUAUUUAAUGGGUAAAUCUGGUGCUGCCAUGAUGUUGGUCAUGAUUUUCUUCUCCGUUGCUUCUUCAUAUUCAGGUGAACUAAUAGGAACUUCAACUUUACUUUCUUAUGAUAUUUAUAAAAGAUAUAUCAAGCCGGAUGCUACACCAAAGGAAGUUUUGAUUGCUGCAAAAGUAAGUGUUUUUUUGUGGGCUAUAUUUUCAAGCGCUAUAGCUUCAGUUUUCUAUGGAGCAGCUUCUAUCUCCACAGGCUUUUUAUUCAACUUCACUGGGGCAGCCACCAGUGCAGCUGUGAUUCCGGUGACUUUGCUGAUAGGUUGGAGGUCACUUAAUAAGGCUGGUGCAGUUGGUGGUUGCAUUGGAGGUAGCUUACUUGGUUUAAUUGCUUGGUUGGUCUCCUGUAAAGGGAUAGUGGGACCAAUUAAUGUCACUAAUCUUAAUAAUCAAUGGGUGUCUUUAACAGGAAAUGUUGUAUCUUUAGUUUCAGGGGCAGUUAUUUCAAUUACAUUGUCUUUAAUUUGGCCAGCUAAUUUUGAUUGGGAAAAAACAAGAAAUAAAACAAGUUUGGAUUCAACAGGAACAACAUAUAUUGAAAGAGAGAAAGUAGUCAAGAUUACAUCUGGCUCAUUAGAUCUUAAACCACUGAGUCUCCCAGAAAAGGUUGAUGGUAUUGAAAUUGAUGAAAAAGAAUCGAGUGAUUCUUUAGAAGGUUUUGCAGAGAACGGAAUUGAUCAUAAACAUUUGAACCACCAGUUUAAAAAGUAUUGUGGACUAGUUAUAAUACUUGUUAUAAUUAUGGGAAUAGUUAUACCAGUUCCUUUAAGUGCCUCACCAUAUAUAUUUUCACCAGGAUUUUUACUAGGAGUUGUCAUAAUCGCAAUAAUCUGGUUGUUUUGCACAUUCUUUUAUGUUGUGUUGUUGCCAAUUCUAGACAGUAGAAGAUACCUUUUUGGCUUAGCCAAGCAAGUAUUACAUUUAUAG